GUAGUACUGGGAGGAGGACGGAGUGCAGCAGGCAGGGAGGAGGAGGAGGCCGGGCCCUGGUGCUGCUGCUGUACAUGUGAGGAGGAGUGGGAGUGGUGAGGCUGCUGUGCUGCCGCUGGGGAGACACGGGCGGUGUCGGUACAAGGAGGAGAAGCAGCAAGCUGCCGCCAGACAGGGGGUUCCCAUUCUCCGGCUCCCCUGCACUGCAUGGCCUAUGUGCCCGCUCAGCUGCCCUGACACCCGGUACCCCCGCGGCUGCCGAUACCAGCCCGUGCCCGGGAUCUCAGCAGCACUAUUUGCAGGAGGGGAGGAGCUAGGCCAUGACCGUGGAGCAAAAUGUCCUGCAGCAAAACUCCCAGAAGCACCAGCAGACAAUUAUAAACCAGCUGCGGGAGAUUACGGGAAUUAAUGAUCUGCAGGUACUUCAGCAAGCGCUAAAAGACAGCAAUGGGAAUCUGGAGUUAGCCGUCGCUUUUCUCACUGCAAACAAUGCCAAGCUCCCUCAGCCUGAAGAAGCAACUUACUAUCAAACAGCGCUCCCCAACAAUGACCGAUACAUCAGCGUGGGCAGUCAGGCGGACACAAAUGUGAUUGACCUUACUGGUGAUGAUAAGGAUGACCUGCAGAGGGCCAUCGCCCUAAGCCUGGAGGAAUCAAACCGCACGUUCAGAGAGACUGGAAUUACUGAUGAAGAACAAGCCAUCAGCAGGGUUUUAGAAGCAAGCAUAGCCGAAAACAAGGCCUGUUUGAAACGGACGCACCCAGAGGUUUGGAGCGACUCCCCCAACCCCUACGACCGAAAAAGACAAGACAACUGUCCCGUGGGAUUAAAGAAUGUGGGAAACACUUGUUGGUUUAGUGCAGUCAUCCAGUCUCUCUUCAAUCUCUUGGAAUUUCGCAGACUGGUUCUGAACUACAGUCAGCCUGCAAGUGCUCAGGAUGUGCCACGCAACCAAAAGGAACAUAGGAAUCUGCCUUUCAUGCGUGAGCUGAGAUACCUCUUCUCACUACUGGUCAGCUCUAAGAGAAAAUAUGUGGAUCCCUCUAGAGCGGUGGAGAUCCUUAAGGAUGCGUUCAAAUCCAGUGAUUCCCAACAGCAAGAUGUCAGUGAAUUCACGCACAAACUGCUGGAUUGGCUGGAGGACGCAUUCCAGAUAAAAGCAGAGGAGGAAAGAGAUGGAGAGAAGCCAAAGAACCCAAUGGUGGAGCUGUUCUAUGGGCGUUUCCUAGCGGUGGGUGUACAUGAAGGAAAGAAAUUUGAAAACACGGAGAUGUUUGGGCAAUAUCCUCUCCAGGUGAAUGGCUUUAAAGACUUGCACGAGUGCCUGGAGGCUGCAAUGAUCGAGGGAGAGAUUGAGUCUUUACACUCGGAGAACUCCAGCAAGUCUGGCCAGGAGCACUGGUUUACAGAACUGCCGUCCGUAUUAACGUUCGAGCUGUCCAGGUUUGAGUUUAAUCAAGCUUUAGGAAGGCCGGAGAAAAUCCACAACAAACUGGAGUUCCCGUCAUGUUUUUAUAUGGACAGAUAUAUGCACAAAAACAGGGAAAUCACCAGGAUAAAACGGGAUGAAAUCAAAAGACUAAAAGAACACCUUACGGUCUUGCAGCAGCGGUUAGAAAGGUAUUUAAGCUAUGGCUCGGGCCCAAAGCGGUUCCCAUUGGCGGAUGUAUUACAAUAUGCUCUUGAGUUUGCAUCUAGCAAACCGGUCUGCACUUCCCCUGUGGAGGAUAUAGAUACAAGUGCCCCACCUAGUGGUUCUGUGGUCACACAAACCAUGCAAAGCACAAUGGAACAUCAGGGGCCUUCAUCAUCCACUGAGACACCAGCCAGCCAGCGAUCUGUCAUUCACAAACCAUUCACACAGUCCAGAAUCCCUCCUGACUUACCUAUGCACCCCGCGCCCCGGCACAUUACAGACGAGGAACUCACAGUAUUAGAGGGGUGUCUGCAUCGCUGGAGGACGGAGGUGGAAACUGAUACAAGAGACCUGCAGGACAGUAUAGGUAGAAUACACCGGACAAUUGAGCUUAUGUACUCGGACAAGCUAAUGACACAAGUUCCGUACAAGUUACAUGCUGUAUUAGUGCACGAAGGCCAGGCAAAUGCGGGUCAUUACUGGGCAUAUAUAUUUGAUCACAAUGAGAAGAGGUGGAUGAAAUAUAAUGAUAUAUCUGUGACAAAAUCUUCCUGGGAGGAGCUGGAGCGCGAUUCCUUUGGGGGGUACAGAAAUGCCAGUGCCUACUGCCUGAUGUAUAUAAACGGCGGCGAGCAGCAUUUAAUACAAGAGGAAUAUGACAAGGAGACCGGGCAAGUACUUAGUGGGAUGGACACCUUACCCCCUGAUCUAAAGGAAUUUGUCAAGGAAGACAAUAGGCGGUUUGAGAAAGAAAUCGAAGAAUGGGACAAGGAACAGCUCAGGAAAGCGGAACAAGAGAAGAUGCUGAUUUCUCAGAAAACGUUGAAGCCAGCUCCAACAUCAGCUCCUGCUCCACUUAAAGAUCCUGAAUACAUGGAGCAGCCGACAAAAACGGAUCUCCCCAUGGAGGUGAAGGAAGAAACCACUAGUGCAAUCACCCAGGCGGUCACGGAGUCUGAAGAUAAGGGUCCAGAGGCGGUCCUGCAUAUGCCCACUGAUAACACCCUAGUCCCAUCAGCUCCCAGCCAGCGUGUUGUGGAGGUGGCGAUCCCUCACGUAGGGACUUUUAUUAUUGAGUCAGAGGAGGGGGGUUAUGACGAUGAGGUCAUGAUGACCCCGAACAUGCAAGGUAUUAUCAUGGCUAUAGGUAAAUCCAGGAAUGUGUAUGACAGGUGUGGACCCGAAGCCGGGUUCUUUAAGGCCAUCAAAACGGAGUAUGCCCGACUGUUGAAAUUAUCACAAGAGGAUCCACCACCGGAGACAGACUACCGCUUACAACACGCCAUUGUCUACUUCAUCCAGAGCCAAGCGCCAAAGAAAAUCAUUGAGCGGACCCUGCUGGAGCAGUUUGCAGAUCGCAAUUUGAGUUUCGAUGAACGUUGUCGCAACAUUAUGAAAGUGGCGCAAGCUAAGCUUGACCUGAUAAAGCCGGAUGAAGUUAACAUGGAGGAAUACAAGAGGUGGCACAAGGAAUACAGGACCUUCCGAGAGACUACCAUGUUACUCAUGAUUGGGCUGGAACUGUUUCAGAACAAGAGUUAUGUUGAAGCGUUGCUGUACCUCAUUUAUGGCUAUCUGUACAAUCGAGAACUGCUUUCAAGAGGCCUGUACAGAGGACACGACAAGGAGCUACUGUCCCAUUAUCGGAGAGAGUGUUUUCUAAAGCUAAAUGAGAAAGCUGCGGCCAUGUUUGAAUCGGGUGAAGUCGAACAAGUCAACAACGGCCUGACUCUAAUGAAUGAGCUUAUUGUCCCAUGCCUGCCCAUGCUGUUGAUUGAUGAAAUGGAGGAAAAGGAUAUUAUUGCUGUAGAGGACAUGAGGAAUCGCUGGUGCUCCUACCUGGGACAGGAAAUGGAACCUUCUUUGCAAGAAAAGCUGACUGACUUCCUGCCAAAACUGCUUGAUUGUUCAACAGAAAUUAAAGGUUUCAACGAACCUCCAAAGCUACCCAGUUUCUCCACGCACGAGUUGUGCGAGCGUUUUGCCCGAAUUAUGUUGUCGCUUAGUCGAACACCAGCUGAUGGGAGAUAAACAAUGCACCUUCUUACGCACAUUGUAUAGACAUUUAUUUUAUUUUCAUUUUCAUUUUUUUCUUUAGUUUUUAACUAAUGCCUUCCUGUGACAAGGUUUGCUUUGUUGCUGCUAUAGUUUUUAAGAUAUAUUAUUUUUUUUUUAUGUUACAAACUGCUAAAGACAAAAUGACUGUAUAGACUUUUAGCCAGACUGCAAACACAACUGAGUUACGCAUGGCCCCCAGCUUCCAUUUUAAACAGAGCCAACGCAACCAAAAUAAUCCAAAAUAUUUAUGGCAAGACCACUUUGUUUGCCACAGUUCUGUGACAGUAUUACAUUGCUUUUAUCUACGAAACCUCAUUUUAUCCACCUUUCUGUUUUUUUUAAAGUCUGGAUUUAUUAUCUGUGACGGCAGCCAUUUUAAUUAUCUGGUGCCAUGUUAGUGAACAUGGGGCCUGGUAGCUUGUAAAUGAAAUUGCAGAAUAAAGUUUUAUUUAUGGCUA